CUCGAUUUUUGCCCUCCAUGCUGGCCGCCAAUCGUAGAUUAUUCCUGCAUCAACCUUCCCAAACAUGCCUUCGAAAAAGGAGGUCGAACAGCCUACGGCCCCGGCAGAUGAUGAUGCGUCAAUGACGGAAGCGCCAGCUGCAGAGGAGGUCCAAGAAGAAGAGGCCAACCCCGUACUUCUGGCCUUCGAGGAGCAGCGAAUUCGAAUUCUUCCAGGAUCAACAGAUACAGCGGCGUCGUUUGAAUUCAAGAAGGAAGAUCAUACAUUGGGGAAUGCGCUCCGAUAUAUCAUCAUGAAAAACCCUGAUGUCGAGUUCUGCGGAUACUCGAUCCCCCAUCCUUCCGAAGAAGUCAUGAACAUCCGAAUCCAGACAUACGAAGGCACAACUGCUAUCGAAGCGCUGGAUAAAGGGUUUGAUGACUUAAUGGACCUGUGCGAUAUCGUUGCCGAUAAGUUCACGGCAGCAAGAGAGGACUUCGCUUCAAGGCAAAUGGACGAGGAUUAACAGAUUAUGGAAGGCGUGGAUGGAUUAGCAUUGCACGGCGUAAAGGCAUGGGAGGCCUGGGGAGUAUGGUCAAGAUUCAUCAGGAUAUGUACAGGACGCUGCGAGAAAAUGCUUGUAUUU